AUGGACCCACAUGAGAUGGUCGUCAAGAACCCGUAUGCUCAUGUCAGCAUCCCUCGGGCUCACCUGCGGCCUGAUCUGGGGCAGCGGCUGGAGACGGCUCCUCCUUCCUUGGGGUCCCAGCCUCUGCCUGUGGGAUCCUGCACCUCGGAGCCCACCGGGCUCCUGCAGCCCUCCGAGGAGGCUCCAGGGAGCAAGGGGGCCAAGGGGACCACCCGGGUCCAGGGCCAGCAGAGCUGGCGGCAGCCCUGCAACCCCUACAGCGGUGGGCAGCGCCCGGCAGGACUGACCUACGCCGGCCUGCCACCCAUCGGGCGCGGGGAUGACAUCGCCCACCACUGCUGCUGCUGUCCCUGCUGUUCCUGCUGCCACUGCCCUCGCUUCUGCCGCUGCCACAGCUGCUGCUGCGUCAUCUCCUAG